AUGGAUACAAUAUACCAUACACAACAUGUCAAAAAUACAGUAGUAAUCAGCUCUCAGAUCAAAGCCCAAUGUAGAAAGAGAGAUCAACCAUCACAUCCAAGCACCUGCGUGCAGAUCCAUCAUUCUUCUUUGACCAACACCGCAACUGCCUCACGACAACAACCAAGCACAGAACUCAAACACUCCAACCAACGCUCAAUUACAAUGAUCCAGAGCCAAAAUUUUCAAUCUGCUCGCUUCAAGAGAGUUCAUACCCUUCCUCCUCUCCUUGAGAAGCAACAGCAGCAUUUACUGUGCCCUGGAGGUUAUUUGCAACAACCUCCCCCUUCCACGCCCCUCACACUGAAGUAA